CGAAGGGCUCCGGCCGUGAAUGUGUUAAAUGUUUUCAUCAGACUUAAAAAAACCAAAACAAAAGACAUAUGGUAGCUAUGCCAGAAAAAGUUUGCUUCAUAGGAGUGCAAAGUCUCUCAAACACAGGAGAGCAGGAAAGGAGUUCACCGCUUCCUUGUGAGCAGCUUCUAACCGUAAAAAGGCUGAUUCUCAGUCGCAGGGGGCAGAGCCCUCUUAAGUGAGACCUCCCUCCCAAAACUUGCCGGGAUCCUCUGCUUCCCUCCGGAGCAUAACAGGCGCCUUGGCAGAAGGAGUCAAAGCCUGCCAGCCCCCAGGAGCAGAGAUGUCCAGGGGGAAGAUCUGCUGCCUGGUGCUGCUGACCCUGGGGGUGUUGGCGGUGGUUGUUGCACUCGUGGUCAUCUUGACCCGACCCACCUGUGCUCCCCAGUACUACCUGCACGGCGCCGUGGCUGCCGACACCGAGACCUGCUCCGCCAUCGGCCGGGACAUCCUGAAAAGUGGUGGCACAGCUGUGGAUGCUGCCAUCGCUGGCUUGAUCUGCACCUCAGUGAUGAACCCUCAGAGCUCAGGACUGGGUGGUGGGGUCACAUUCACCAUCUAUAAUGCCAGCACAGGAACAGUGGAAGUGAUCAAUGCCCGUGAGACAGCUCCACGAGUAUUUCCUCAUGAUCUGCUGUCUAGCUGUGCUGCUCCUUACCUCGUUGGUCCCCACUGGAUUGCUGUGCCAGGAGAACUCCGUGGCUACGAAGAAGCCCAUAAGCGACACGGCCGCUUACCAUGGAAAGCCCUCUUUGAACCAACCAUCAAACUUCUUUCCAAGCCACUUGUCAUUUCCCCAGUUUUGGACAAAAUGAUCCAUCACCCUUACUUCUCUGAUCUAGGAAAACGCCUGUGCCCACUGAUAUGUGAUGGUGGAAGGUUUUUGAAGCGUGGAGAGACCUUCAGGUGGCCAGUGCUGCAGCGGACACUGACAGCUAUAGCGGAAAGUGGAGCUGCAGCGUUUUAUGAGGGACAGAUAGGAAAGGCCCUGGUGGAGGACAUCAGGAAGGCUGGGUCCAGUAUCUCACUAGAGGACCUUAAAGAAUACAAAGCAGAUGUGUCCUCAGCUCUGAACAUUACCCUGAACAAUCACACCACGGUGUUUUCUCCUGGACCGCCCAUGGGAGGUGCUGUGCUCAUGUUCAUCCUCAAGAUACUAGAAGAUUAUAAACUCCACGAAGCAUCACUGGCGACCCCCAGGGAGAGGGUGGAAACCUACCACCACAUCGCAGAGGCCCUGAAGUUUGGCAAUAUGCUAAAACCACUGAUGAGUGACCCAGCCUUCUCUGAAGCUCAGGUGACUGUGGGGACCAUGCUGUCUGACAAGAUCACCAAGCUUGCCAGAAGCCGAAUAGAUGACAAGGGUGACCAUCCACUCAACCACUACAACUUGUUUGAGUCCAUCUACAACAGCAGAUACAAAAGUAAGGGCACAAGCCACAUCUCUGUGCUCGCUGCAGAUGGCAGUGCUGUGUCCGCCACCAGCACCAUCAACUACCCGUUUGGCUCCUUUGUGUAUUCCAACCAAACUGGGAUCAUUUUAAAUAAUGAACUCGCUGAUUUCUGCAUAGCAAACAGAAGCAUCAAAGCAGGAGAGAAGCCUCCCUCAGCAAUGGCACCUUCCAUCCUCAUCUCCAAGACAGGAGACAUGCUGGUGAUCGGAGGAGCAGGUGGGGCCUGGAUUACCAGUGCUACUACCAUGGCCAUUAUAAACAAGCUGUGGUUUGGCUAUGACUUGGAACAUGCCAUUUCAGCUCCCAUCAUGCAUGCUGAAGGUGACAAGAUUCUGUUUGAGACACGCUUCAGUGAGGAGAUUAGGAGUGGCCUGCUGAGAAGAGGACAUAAAGAAAAGGAAGCUACAUUUGCAAUGAAUGUUGUGCAGGGAAUUUCCAAGGAAGGAAAAUGCAUCUCUGCUUACUCUGAUAAAAGGAAGAUGGGGAAAUCAGCUGGGUAUUAGCUUGCAAUGCCAUUACAACACACAAACCCACAGGAGGUAACGAGAUUCAGAAUAUGCUGUGGCUUGGACGUGCCAAUGUUGCCUGUGCCCAUCAGGGUGCCUGCUAAAGUACACCUAAUUCCAGCAGACUGCAAGUCAUCCUCAGACAAUUCAAGGACAGGUCAGCCAGCCUUGUUUAAAGUUACACCCCCCAUUACUUAUGUGAUAUAUGGAAAAUCUUACUUCUUCAGCACAUCAACUAUUCCAAAUAAGAUAAUACAAAGUGGGAAAGGAAAAUUGGUCCAAACCCCACAGGGAACACCAAAAUGACCUGUAUCUUCCAUUCCUGCUGGAGAGUCUCAGUUAAGAGCAGAAUUGGUUUAUUUCAGGCUGUUGCCACAAUAAGCUUAUUAAUGCACAGGGGCUCAGCAAUGUGAAAUGAGUAACUGUUUUGGUUACAAGGAUCACAAGAAGUAUCUGUAGGGCCAGGGGCUUAAAAUCUUAAGCAUCCACUCUUUGGAAAGGGAAGAGAGUAAAACUCCACACUCUUCCUCUUAGUUUCCCCAGCCAAAGAGUCCCCACUGUUCCCUGAGGUGGCAGAUGAAAUCAGUGCACCACAGCACAAGUCUGCUGCACUGCUACUCUGCCUUGGGGAUGCAGAGGACCCCACGAGCUCAGAGUAACAAAGCCAAACCUUCCUUCAACCCUUACACACCAGUAACUUUUAGAAUAAGCCUCCCAUGAGGUGCUGUGAAUUCCCUGCUUUUGCGAUGGACAGGCUUCAGCUUAACUCCCUGGAGUCACCUCUCCCUGUGAUAAGAGGUGUCUCAACCUCUGCCAGUUCUCCUUCCUCAAUGCCUGCAAAAGAGAAAUCAUUUGGGCAGGCAGGUGAGGAUUGGAGGGGAAGAGCUGUUGGUUUUGGGAGCUUCAAAACUUCCUCCAAAGUGCAAAGGAUACAUGAUGAGAAGAUUUCAGUUUUAGCCAUGAACUCAGCCUGGCUGGGCAAACCCCAGGACUGUUCAGAAGUGAUACAGACUAUCAGACACUAGCAGAAUGUUCUUCUCCCAUAGCCUAAGGACAUGCUCCAACUCCCUAUUUACCACAGCUGGUCUCUGGUGUUCCCUUAAGAUCACGAGGAAGCAGGACUAGUUAAGAACCACUGCAGUGAGAGAAAACUUCUCUCUGACUAGAGACCUGAACUCAGUCACCUAGAUGCAAAAAGUCUUCUGCAGUUACUCCAUCACCUUGCCCUUGCUCAAAACAGCCAACAUUUAAGAAAAAAACACCACAAAAACUCCCAAACUCCAAAGCUCUUCUUACAUACCCAGAGGCAAGUUCCUGUGAUCCCCUGUACUUCCCUAUGGGCACAGACAGUAUUGUGUGUGUGCGCGCGUGUGCGUGCGUGUUCCUGGAAGGGAAGCCAAACCAAAGCAAGGCAGUAGCAGAGCCCUCUCCCUUCACUUUUGUUCUUACCUUACACACAGCCCAUAGUAUUCCUAGUACACAAAUAAAUCUCUCUGUAAACACCAUAACAAAUACUGGAGCACAUGCUAUUAAAAAACCAAAACGAGUCCAUCCACACACACCCUUGCAAAGAAGGCCAGAUAGGCUUUAAGCCUCUGUUCCCACCCAUGAAUUCUGUCCAGUAAAGCCAUUGAUCUGCUGAUAUCUCAGCCUUCAGCUGCAUUUUAAUGAUGGCCUGAGUGAAGAUGACUAGAGCCAGGCAUGUGCUUUCCAUCAGAAAUUGUACACUAAGUACUAUAAUGCAACCACAGCUGUAUCAGAGCUUAAUGAUAAUGUAUUCCUAAGUUACCAGAUCAUAACCACAAGCAUUUCAUCAUGCAGAUGAAAUACAAGUUAUGUAUGUAUGAGCCAGCUCCAUACACUGUCCCCUGCUACUUUGCCUCCAAGUGGAAUUUCUCUUACAUCCCCAUGCUCAGUAAGGACUACUGUUUUUUUCCCACCAGGGCUUCUUACUCGUGCCACAGAAGUGGCCCAGCACCCAGUCAGACAGCACUGCAGUACUGCUGAAUGUGAACAGAAACAGGGAAUAAGCCUAAAAACUUUGGGGUGGCAAUAUUUAUGUUAAUUUGGAAGGGAUUACACUGAGGUUUAUUGGCAAUCAUUCCAUCUCUAUAAUUUGCUGAAGUUUUCUACUUUCAUUAACUCUCUUACCUCAGCUACCAGUUCCUGGCUCCGCUAGUUCUCAUGUCAGAAAUAACAUCCCAGUUGCAGAUGUCACAAGGGAAGCACUUAAGGGCACCAGACACUAUCUGCAGCUCAGAUUUCAGGACCAGAAGGACUAACUUGAUUGCAUGCUGGCUUUGGCAAGAUCCAGUUAUUGCUAGCUAGUCCAACUGAGCUUAGAGUUUACAAAAAGCAACUGUGAAUGUCACUGGCUGGAGACUCGAGAGCAGCUCUUGUGUCCCUUUUAGGCUUUGGGGCAGCCCUCAGCAGUGCCCUGAGCCACACUCCCAUCAUGUUUUGCUAGCAGAAACUGAAGCCACCAAGGAACUAAGCCUCCACUUACCUUCACUUCUGACAUACAUGACAUAGGGUAAAGCACACCUCAGUAACCCAGCCUAUCACCUUUCCAGUGCACUAGUAUCACAGCUACUUCCCACCACAAAGACAUGGGAAUAUUAUCUGUAGUCCAGCACUCACUGCAAUUUAACUACUUUGCUACUAACAUUGAAACUGAGCCAACUAAGCAGUUUUAAAACCCAUCACAGCUUUAACAUGUAAGACAGAAAGUAAUGUGCGUGCAGAUCUCUCACUGCAGCGGAGACUUCCAGUCUUGUAGCCCUCCCUAGCAAAAUAUCUGAAGCUGAGGGACUGGACCUCCCUUAGCACCUCUGCUCUUGCCCCACCACCUCGUCACUGCUGCUGAAAUUUGCUUGAGUCAAGGGCCUCCCAGUUUGGUCUUUCCCCAUUCUUGCUCAUGCCCACAAGAGAGCAUUAUUUUUGUACUUAGGCAAUUCACAUGGACUUUUAAAGCACCACUGUACAGAGGAUGCUCUAUUUUCUAAUGAAUUCUUUAAAUUAUAUUUUUAAUAAAGUGUUUUUAAACAUG